AUGGAUUACGAGUUACUCAAUGCCCAGGGUUGGGACGACGAUGAUACCCCCCCUCCCCGGGAACCCCUACGUGCACCAAGGGCCACGAAGAAAAGGGGUGCUAAAAGCAAACCCCAAGCGCCGCAGCCAACUCCUGAGUUAGUUUCUCUCCCUGCAGCUACAAGCUCGCAUUCUCCUCAUCCGGUCAAUUAUGAAAUCCAAGCCACAGACUCCUCUAAUCGCCUUGUGUCCAACAGGACCUCUGGCAAACCGCAGAAGAACCAUCCACCCCAGGAUUCUAAAUAUUAUACCGAUCCCCAGAAUACCUCUGGGUUGGGUGCCAAGUACAAAGGUCAGAAUUUGCAGCCGGGCCCUUCUUCGCUCGGCGAGCGCCCGCUUGCCAUAAAAAAUCCCAGAAGUCACAAUCGUGGAUACUACAGAGGCGAUGUGCCCGCAGUGAUUGGGCACUCUAUGUUUGGGAUUCCCGCUCUUUCGAACGUUUUUCAAGAUCAAAACGGUGUGGGCGAGGGUCGUGGCCCAGGGCCCGCAGAGUUUAUUGCUGGCUUGGACGGUUUUGUGAGAGAUUCUACCAACGAUAAACGGGCAAGAGAUGGGGUUCCCGCUGAUGGUGCCGCCCUCAAGCAUCUUCCCUAUUGUGCGAUGUUGAUCAGCUAAUCAUCAAUGUUGUUGAUAGAUUAUAUGAGUCUCCCCAUCCGACGCCCUACCCAAUUCGACGAGUCGUUCUUCGGGCUUAGAAACAAUCACCUCGCGUAUAUAGCGAUAAAAACCAAUACCCAUCUCUCAGUUCCAGAGAGCUCUGAUGAUCCCGUAAGUAAUUUCAUGGUUAGCUAGAACUUGAGUUUCUUGUUAACUUUAAGCGUAGCGAAUCGGAAUAUGGGGAACAAAAGAACAAGUUGAGGCGGCAAAGCACGACCUCAAUGCCUUGAUGCAACACAUCAUGCAUGAGCUAGAGACUGAGAUUCGCCGUGCAGGCGGUAACUGGGAAAAGAUCAAAGCGGCCCCUAGCGAACGUAUGCAGAAAUGGCUUGAUCGACAAGCUCACGAUGCGAUGCUACGCAAAAAGUAUCGGCGACAGCCACCUGCUGACAAGCCGCUCCCAUACAAUGGGGUUUUUGUCUGGCCAAUAGGGGAAAUCGACCCUCAACAGCCCUUGGGGGCCAGCUUCGAAGCCCUUGACGACCUCAGAUACGAAAAUCGGGUCUACAUUACUUUGUCCCGUGCUGAGGGCAUCUUUCAUGUUGCCGGCGAGGAUGAAGCGCUUGUGAGCGCUGCUCUCGAACGCAUGUUCGGCGUGUUUUGUGAGGUGGCAGGAAGGAAUAGGAAACCCAACAGGAAGUUGCUCGUCCACCCCCCAAGCUCCAGUCCCAGAGGAGCAACCGUAAAAUUGAUAAUGGAGCACGGCUUUAAAGAUCGUCAGGUGACCAUCAAGCGUAAGACAGACAUCUGGCCCAUGGUUCGUCUUUCGGCGAUCCCUCCUAGGGCUGAAUGGUUAGAAAUGUGGAAAACCAAAAGGGCAAAGAUUGAGAGGGCGAACUACGUUUAUCUGAAAAAGGUGGUUCAGCAAGGACUUAGUGACCUUUUGUACUACAGAGGACAUUCCACUAUGAAGGUCCAUUUUGGGUCAAUGAUGCUGUUCAGCUACAGGGCGCCGGUGUGUGAGGAGUUUGAACUUCUCGAGUUUUGCGAAAUGGCUAAGAAUCCACAGGCAGCCGGAGAACUUAUCAGACAGUAAGUGGUCGCCCAAGCAGGAUCGUUUCAUAUACACUUAUUAACCCACUUUAGCAUUGGCGGCGAGAACGUAGCGAAGGAACUCAUUCAUGAAUGCUUUGUUAGGCAUGACCUAUUUCAGCCUACCAAUACUAGCAACUUCAUGUUUGGGGAUAAUGCCUACGAUACAACUAUUACCAAUAGCGCAUCUACCAGCUUGCGUCCCCAUGAAACGAAUAUGGAGCCAGUGUACCAUGCUACAUUAAUUUGCAGGACACAUGACGAUAAAAAGUGUACUAAUGACCUCCGUCUGGAGGUGAAAUUUGAGAAGAUCCCCGGGGUUCAUCCAAUAGGUGUUGCGAAUUCGGCUGGAAAUCUGUAUAAAGUGGGCACAAGAACAUGGAUACAGCUUGCGCCUGGGUCAGGAGGUCCCAUCAGGGCUGGCGACCAUUCCACUAGGCAAAAAGGGCCAUUCGAUAUUAAGGUCAUGGAUCUCGAAAAUGACCUUGCUUGGCAAUUCCAGCUCCUCACACAUAGUCUAACCCGUGAUACUGACAUCUAUCCCAUAUUCUCCGAAUUUGUGAGAAAGAUACGCAUCGAGGAAAUACCUGACGUGCUUGAUCCGGUGGGCCCACCCGUGGGUGGUGCCCCUGAUCGCAGAAGACUGGUUCCUAGAGUCAGCUAUGUUAAUCUUCCCGGGAUGACGGUUGAGGCUCUGACCCUCAAGACCAAGCAUCAAUUUUGGAUCAAAGGCACCACUUAUCAAUUCGAUAUAACCAAGUAUGAAUAUUUCGAUACCGACGAAAUCAGGUCUGCGUAUCCCGAUGGUGUCCAAAACUCCUGGAAUGGCCUCAGGACGAUUCCCGACACACGCUGGGGCGCUAGCUUCUCGAAUUCGGAAUGGGUCACUACGAUGGCUCAUCAGAGAGCGCUAGGUGUCGGAUACUGCGGCCCAUGGAACCCCGAAAUUAACAGUUUUUUCAAGAGCUCCAAAGUUGGCGGAUUCUAUCACCCCGAUUUCACCAGAACCGGCGCUUUUCACACGGAUCCGUGGAAGGGUGAUGGGUUCAAGGAGUGCAUCACAAGGAUCCAUGAGCUCGUUAGGUUCAUUGCGGAUAUCAGAACCAAGGUCGAGAAAAAGGAGGCCGAGCGUAUUGCCAAGACUAACUUUGCUGGGUGUGAGGAGUUUGAUGAUUAGACCCUACGAUCUCCUACUUUCUACCUACAAUGUCCUCUAAUAUUUUUUCUUCUUCCCCCUUUUUUCUCUUUGGCGUUCCACCAGCUUUUACUUCAGCUCUUCCUUCUCCUUCCGCUUUGGUCUAGCUUCAAAUCCCAUUGCCCCAUAUUUUUUUUUAAUUUUUCGCCUUUUUCAGCCUGUUGCUUUGAGUUUGCUCACGGAUGGGCGGACGGAGAAAAGGGAAUUUUGUAUGGCGACGUUUCUCUAGCAAGAAAUCUAACUAUAGGAGUUAGUUUUCACUCAACCAAAAUAGGCCCUUUUUUCCUCCUUUUCUUCUCAUCCCAAUUUGCACAUGUGGGCGGAAUCCCGGGGUGUACGCCAGCGAUCAGAAUCCCGAUCUUGGCUUUUUUAUGCCAAUGAUACGAGAGACAUUGUAGCUGUUAAUCAUACUCGACAUUAGCAAGAACCGGAGAUUAAAAACGGCUUACUUUAGCACUCCACUAAACCACCAUUCUACACAUCCCACCCUCGGGAGACUCUCAGGCAUUUGCCCCCCGAAAUAG